ACCACACAAUAAUUCGUAGUAAUAAAAAUGGAAAAGAAACCGCGUUCCCAAAAUCCCAAUUGGAAAGCUUGAAGGCGGAACGAAGCCCUAGCUCCUCACAGGCGCUCUCUCUCUCUCUCUGUGGUUGCAUCGGUGGUUUCCAAGGCCCCAAAGCCAGCAACAAGAAGAAGAUGGUGUUCUACUUCAAAGCCCGCCCUGAGGUCGGCGACUUCACCAUCUUCAUGGGCCUCGACAAGUACGAGAACGAGGAGCUCAUCAAAUACGGCUUCCCCGAAGACAUCUGGUUCCAUGUGGAUAAAAUGUCGUCGGCGCAUGUUUAUGUGAGACUGCACAAAGGACAGACCAUUGAUGAUAUCAGUGAAGGUUUACUGGAGGAUUGCGUGCAGCUUGUCAAAGCAAAUUCCAUCCAAGGAAACAAGGUGAACAAUAUUGAUGUGGUUUACACUCCUUGGUCCAAUUUGAAGAAGACUGCAUCCAUGGAUGUUGGCCAAGUUGGUUUCUACAGUUCGAAGAAUGUUCGAACUGUGAAAGUGGAGAAAAGGGUUAAUGAGAUUGUUAAUAGACUGAACAAGACUAAAGUGGAAAGGAAACCCGACUUAAAAGCUGAGCGAGAAGCAGUUAACUCUGCAGAAAGAGAUGAGAGAAAGCGGUUUUUGAGAGAGAAGAAACGGCGUGAGGAGUUGGAAAGGCUUGAAAAGGAGAAACAAGCAGAGCUGAGGAGCUACAAAGGCUUGAUGGUUCAUGAAAAUAUGACAUCCAACAAACAAAUUGCAUCUGCAAACAAGUCACUGCAGGAGCUGGAAGAGGACUUUAUGUAAGCAUCAUGUUGUUUGUGUGUUGGGCAAGAGGUUGCUACCUGCCGCCGCCCUUGGAGAAGAAUACAGUUUGUCAUUGUGUUCGUGAGUUGGUCCUCACAGCUACUCCCCUUAUUGAGUAAUAUAUGUCAUAAACAUUUUAUUUCUAUUGGUAUUGAUAAGAGAAAAAAAAGAUGCAAAAACCAAGGGAGAAAAAAAUUUAAUUAUGGGUUAGGGUCUGUUGGGGCAAAAUCUCUUUCUUGUCACCACCGCGUGUUGUAUGUGAAUCAUGUUGAUGAUACACAAGUAAACAUCACCCUGGAUAUUGGGAGAUACAUUUGUUGUUCUGUCGUCAAAUUCACUUGCAAAAGGAUUUGAUUAUGUUUUA